AUGGCUCCUGUGGUUUUACACUGCUCUUGGAACCAGGAUCAAAGCUUUCUCUCAGUUGGGACAGAAACCGGUUUUCAGAUUUAUCAGUGCGAUCCGUUUACUUUACGUUUCUCGAAAGAAACAAACGGUGUUGCUUUUUGUGAGAUGCUUAAUCGAUCAUCACUUGUUGCGCUUGUUCAGGUGUCGCCCGCAUCUACUCGAUUACUUAAGCUCAUUGAUAUAAAGAAAGAUGUCGAGCUUUGUGACAUGUUCUAUCCUGCUCCAGUAUUGAAUGCUCGUCUUACGGUUACUCGUCUGGUUGUAGUUAUCAAGGGGAGCAUUUACGUUUACAAUCUUAAGAAUCUGAAUUUGAUUAACACUUUGGCAACAAUUUCUUCAAAUAAAAUCGCAUUCUGUGCUCAUGAAUCCUUUAUUGCCUACAAUUCACCCCAGGUUCCAGGCCAUGUAUACUUGACUUCACUGGAGACAGCAAUGCCGAUUACACUGCUAUAUUGUCAUUCGAGUCCAGUGCGAUGUAUUGAAUUUCAUCCAGAUGGACGCCUGAUAGCUACAGCAUCCGCCAAGGGUACAGUUAUACGCAUUAUGUCAACAUUAACUGGGGAAAAAGUUAUGGAACUGAGACGUGGGUACCUGCCUGCUUCUGUUGUUUCAAUCGCCUUUCAUCCAAAAGAACCCUUUUUGGCCUGUGCUUCUGAGAAUGGAACUAUUCAUAUAUACAGACUGUCAAAGCAGACCGUUUCUGAAACUAAUCAUUCUCCUGCUUCUUCUGUGAGCAACUCAUCCUCCUGGUCAAAAUUUCUUAAAUCCAAUGUCACUAAACCACUAGAAGCUCGAAGGGAGUUUGCGACAGCGAAAAUACCAGAGUCAUCGUUUUAUGGAAAAAUCGUCUUCUGUGCAUCAAAACCUCAUGUACAGGUAAUCUCUUACAGUGGACAAUACUAUCGUUUUGUGGUUGACUUAAAACAUGGUGGAAACUGUGCCAUGCUGGAAAAGUACAUACUUGAUGAAUAA